CGACAAUGGGUAGAGUCGCUGCUUAUCCUAGUUUACGGGAACUGGAUCAUACGGGAUGACAAACGCGUGACGCUAUAAUAAACUGGGAAGAGAUUCAUACAGCAUCCUCGCAUUCUGGACAAGAGAAAUCUGGAAUUAAGCAACCGUGCAUUGGCACAGGUUUAUUUUCUGUUGCUCUGCUCUCACGUCGGAGUGGAAGAGGGAGAGCAGCUAGCUGGCUAAUGCGUCAGGGUGAUGACACGUUUACUUGCUGCUGGGAUGUGUAGAUGAAAGCUACAGACCAGGCUUGUUUUAUUAUGUAUCGUUAUGUUAUUCAGACAUCAGAUUUUAAGCGACACUAGCAGUGUCGCGAAAAAUUCCAGUAGUCUUGGAAUUGUAGCCGAUGUGGUUCCUCUCUUCAGCUGUAAUCACAAUACAGAGGAGGAGCACUGACGUCCCUCGGCGAGGAAGUGGGAUGUGGCGAGCCUGUAUUUUGUGUUGCCGUUUAAAAUGUGAAAGCAUUUUAACAAAUGUUCGCGGACCUUGAUACGCAUAGCCUGCAGUUGUCCUAUAUCAUGGUAGCCUGAUAGACACUACUAAAAUGACAAGUUAUUUCAGUGUUCGUCGAAAUUGUGUCGUGGAGCCACGAUGGCUUGCCAUAUAAAACCAAUAUGUGAAAUUUAAUUCAGUGAUGUAGCUACCUGGCUAUUAUUUUAAUAUUUAAACGGAGCCAUUAACUUUAAUGUCAACUGUUAAAAUGUCAACUCAACAUGAAAUAGGCCUAAUGGACUCAUCUCUAGCACUGGGGAAAUUGGAAAUAAAUAGUCCUGGGAGUCUGGAUAUAAGUCACUCCGUAACAAAGAAGGGAAAGACCGUGCAGGAUGGACCUCAGACUCACCUGAAUGGCUGCGUGCCACUGUCCCAUCAAGUGGCUGGUCAUAAGUACGGCGUGGAUAAAGUCGGUAUUCUGCAGCAUCCAGAUGGCACGGUUCUGAAGCAGCUACAACCUCCACCCCGAGGCCCAAGGGAAAUGCAGUUCUACAGCCAGGUCUAUGCUGAAGACUGCAGUGACCCAGUUCUCUUGGAGCUUCAGCAAUAUCUGCCAAAAUAUUUUGGGGCUUGGUCUUCACCUGACACCCCCGCAGAGCUGUACCUGAAGCUGGAAGAUGUGACCAGAAAGUUCCAGAAGCCCUGCAUCAUGGACGUGAAGAUCGGGCAGAGGAGCUACGACCCCUUCGCCUCCCAGGAGAAGAGAGAGCAGCAGAUUAAGAAGUACCCCCUCAUGGAGGAGAUGGGAUUCCUGGUGCUGGGAAUGCGGAUAUACAAGGUGAACUCGGACAGCUACGAGACUCACGAUCAGCAUUACGGAAGAGGCCUGGUGAAGGAAACCAUCAAAGACGGUGAGGUCCUGCUCCCCCUGCUUGUCCAAGUUCUUCUACAACGGGAACGGCCUGAGGAAAGAUGCAGUCAGCGGCGGUAUCCAAAAAGUGGAGAAGAUCCUCCGGUGGUUCGAGGGUCAGAGGCAGUUACAUUUUUAUGCAAGCUCCCUGCUGUUUGUGUACGAGGGCUCUCCCCAGGAGGGAGGUCCCAAGAUGGCCGCCAGCAGUCCGCCGGGGGAGACCCCGCUCCCCAAAGCCCGGGUGCCGAACGACAGCGUGGUGGCGGAGUUCAACAACAACAUCCACGUGACUGGCCCCGGGGAGAACGGCCUCCGCCUGGGGCCCCUGGGACAGAGCCUGUCCGGCAUGUACGCCCUGCACCGGCGGGGCUGCGGCCAGGGUCGCCACGGCGACACCCCCGACGACGUCCGCAACGCCCGGCAGGACCAACUGUGGAAGUUCAUUACCCAGAACCCCCUGGAGCAGCCCAACGGCAACGCCGUCCAAGCCCGGCGGGAAGAGGAGGACGGGGAACGCCGGGGGCCGGACCUGGGCGGGGACGCGGAAGUCCGGAUGAUCGACUUCGCCCACGUCUUCCCCAGCCAGACCCAGGAUGAAGGCUACAUCUACGGCCUGAAAAACCUGCUGUCGGUGCUGCAACAGAUCCUUAGUGAAUAAGUCCCCUCGUGUUGUGGUUCAUUGUACGUUCUCUUGACACACUUCUAAUUAACUCGGGCUAAUAGGGUAAUGGAAGUGUAGCAUCACCCAUGCAAGGAAAUCUGCACUAUCAAUCGAGUAAUUCUUUGUAGGUAUUUGUGUAUUAAGUGUGCUUGUUUUGUACCGUUAGGAAAUGUUUAUAACUGUCUUACUCAGGUAAAUUAAUCGCUAUUCACAUAUUAAUCUUUGCAAAAGAGAAAAUUGGUGCAGUGGAUUCUGGACAUCUGGAUGUUUUCUAUAUUGUUCUUCUCAGACCCGUGUUUGUGUUGAAGGCCGUGGCUCGCACGUUAAACUGCGCUGGAGUACAACUGGACACUGUGCUUCCCCUACGCGCCCUCCAUUUGGAAAAAUGAACCCAGGCAAACCGAUAAAACUACUGAUUUUUCUAAUUUAUAUUUUUUUAGAUGUAUAUUUCUGUUUGGAACAACCAAAUAAUCAUCCAGCAUAGGGGAAAAAAUAAUCGUGAUUCAUAUUUCCUAUAGGUAUAUUUGCUGCCAAAUUGCUUUGCCUGUUCCUUGGUAAAUAUUUCAACACCGGGAUCCAAAUUAUUUAAUUUUAAUUGAUGUUAUUAGUUUAGCUUAUUUAUAUGGUGUUGCCGUGGUUUUAGUGUCACCUGAUGCAAUAUGCUGCUUUUACUAUUCUUGAGUGCAGAGUAGGAAAAAAACCCCCCCAAAAAAACGAUACUGCAUGAUUGGAGGCUUUCUUCUGCUGCAGGAAAGGGCCUCCAUGCUUCACUGAGCAGAGGAGACUGAAGCCCUGUAGACACUAUGAUGUCUUUAGAUCCACGGUUCUCUUCCCAUCAGCCUCUGCUCAUCGUUUCAGCAGAACGUGGCUGAGCUGACGCCUCAUUGGACGGCCCAGUGCCCCCAGGUGUGCUCCGCAUCGAUUGGACGUGACACUCACUGUGACGGGUCGAAAUGCAUGACUUGACGGUAACCGUUUUGCAUUUGUUCUUGGGCAUGGUUUUCGGUCGUCUGUGACCGUACAGCAUUGCAGAGGCUUUAAUGUGCGAGACUGGAUGACAUUUCCAUUGGGAUCUGAAUCGCGAGUCGAGCUUCUCUAUAAGGCAGAGCAGCAUUACAGUUGUAUUCGAAACCCCCAGGAACUUCCAUUGAGGAUAUUUAUGUCACUUAACAUGGCUGUUUUGGUCCUCCUGAGCAAUCAAAUGUAGGGGUGGAAAUCCAAACUUGUUUUGCCAUGUAAUUUUUUAUAUGUUUUAGAAUAAUCAAAAACGAAUGAGCCCUAUAAGAUUUUUAAUAUAUAUAUAUAUAUAU